CGCCCCUCUCUGUGACUACCUCGGGGCUCGGCGCGUUUGACUGCAAUGGUGUCCCCACUGGGUCAGAUUUCAGCGUCACCGCUGGGGACCGGCUCCGCGGUUCCUCAUGGGAAAGCAUGAGCAGGUGGCACGUGAGAGCGACCCGCUUCUGGCUGGCCUGCCCCAGGACCCUGACUUCUGUGUGCCUUGUCUGUUCUCAACUUCCGCCCACUCCAACAUGUGUGUCUCGGCUGCCGGGAAGUGUGAGCAGCACUGGAAGACUUCCCGGAGAGGGCAUGCAGGAGCUGGGGAACCCGGAGGGGCGGGAGAGCUCCUGGGGAGACCGAUGGAGGCCCCCACCUCUUCGGAUACACCCUUGGACAAGAUCUCAAAUUCUAUUGUUCCCUGGUCCAAGAGAUUUCAGACUGUGGGGCCGCCACCAGCCACUGAGAACACUGAACUUGGCACAGACUGGCAGCCGUCGGGGGUCCCCAGGCGUCAGGCUAGUGGGUCCCCGCUUUCCUCCCACCCGGAAGCCCAGGAGCACCCGCACACUCCGGAUGUUGUAAAGAAGACUCACGGCAUCAAUAAGGUCAUCCCUGCCAAGAAAUUCCAUCUAUUGAUCCAGGGUAAGUCUUCCCUGGGGAUCGCUGAUGCCCAGAAGCUCCUGCGGUGUGAACUGGAGUCCCUCAAGUGCCAGCUCCAUGCUCAGACCAAGGCUUUUGAGUUCCUCAACCACUCUGUGACCAUGCUGGAGAAGGAGAGCUGCCUGCAGCAGACCAAGAUCCAGCAGCUGGAAGAGAUGCUGAACCUGCCAGGGCACCAGCUGGAGAAGGAGGGCUGCAGGUGGGGCUCAGAGCAGGGCCCCCAGCAGCUGUACGAGGCCCUGGCACAGGGCCUGCGAGGGCUGGAGAAAACCCUGCGGGACAGCGAGGAGGUGCAGCGGGCCCGGACCGCGCGCUGCCUGCAGCUGCUGGCUCAGGAGAUCCAAGACAGUAAGAAGUUCCUGUGGGAAGAGCUGGAGCUGGUCCGAGAGGAAGUGACUUUCAUCUAUCAGAAGCUCCAAGCCCAGGAGGAAGAGAUCACAGAGAACCUGGCAAACAUCCAGAAGAUGCAGAAGACCCAGAUGAAGUGCCGCAAGGUUCUCAGCAGGAUGAGGCGUGAGGGCUGCGAUGUGUUCAAGUGGCCAGAGGAGGAUAUGCCAAUGGGAGGCCCCGGCUCCUGGAAGAGCGACCUCCAGAAAGAACUCAGUGACAUAUGGUGCGCCGUGCACAUGCUGCAGAACUCAGUGGACUGCGCCUCGGUGCCCGUGGGGGGCCGGCCCAGGGCCAUGGGCCUCAGGGCAGGGAACAAGGGACACCUCUGCCUGAGCCCUCCGCUCCCCUCCUGGGACUCAGAUACCGACUCGGACCCUCUGCAGCAGCCAUUCAGCAAGAGCUGCUGCCCACUGGGUUUGGACUCUUCCCUGACCCCCUCGCCCCUCCUGGAGCCCCGCAGUGUGGGGUGCCCCUAAAUCCCAGCCAUCUACUCUCAGAAGGCUGGGGGUGGGGUCGCCUGCCCCCAGGCUGGGUCCUAACUCUAUCCUGAGCAGCUGGGGCUGCUCUCUCCAAAGACCCCCUCAGAGAGAAAAUAAAGAUGAGGGCUUCUCUGGCUGUGCUUUCUCGCUCCCGUGGCAGGGCUCGGACAUACGCCCCACCGGAACCCUCAGCGCAGACACCCCACGGCCCACUUGCAAUGCGCUUAAGGGGUCCUAGAGUUAAGAAUUUAGUGGCUUGGGGCUGGAAUGAUAGUACAUUGAGGAGGGUGUUUGCUGAGCCAGAUUCGGUCCCCGGAACCAUGUAUGAUCCCCUGAGCCAGCCGGGAGUGAUCCCUGAGCACCAAUGCGUUUGGCCCCAAAACAACAACAAAACGUAAGGAAUUUUUAAUAGCUGAUAAGCUCAGGGUAAAGACAGUCUAGAAAGGACCAGGUGAGGGGCUGGAGCAAUAGCAUAGCCUUGCACGCGGCCGACCCAGGUUCAAAUCCCAGCAUCCCAUAUGGUCCCCUGAGCACCGCCAGGAGUAAUUCCUGAGUGCAUGAGCCAGGAAUAACCCCUGUGCAUCGCCGGGUGUGACCCCAAAACAAAACAAAAAAAAAAAAAUAGAAAGGACCAGGUGA